GGGAAACCAUCGUUCUCCCUCGAAAGUGAGGCCUUUAGUCUCACAGUGACCGGUGCCGAGAGUGCAGGGACGAAUCGCCGACCCGUUCCUGACGAUCGAAGGUAUCCGCCAUGGCGGGAUUAAUGCAUCUGGUGGUCCACAACUACAAUGAGCUUCUGGAAUCCAAGAAAGACCCCAUGGUGGACUCAUGGUUCCUCAUGAGCAGUCCCAUGCCAGUUCUCUCCAUCCUCAGCUUUUAUCUGUACUUCGUUUUGAAGCUAGGACCUCAGUUGAUGGCCACGCGGAAGGCGUUCAACCUGCAAGGCAUCCUGGUCGCGUACAAUUUCUAUCAAGUCUUGUUCAGUCUGUGGCUCUGCACAAUGCCUUUCAGAGUCGGUGCGCUGGGCUACAUAUUUAAACAUGGCUGCCAGCCAGCAGAUCAAGCCAGAAAUCCAUUCUCAAUUGCGGUGUCAAAUGGAGCGUGGUGGUACUUCUUUUCGAAAAUAGUUGAACUUCUAGACACGGUUUUCUUCGUUCUGAGGAAGAAGCAGAACCAGGUCACCUUUCUCCACGUGUAUCACCACACAAUCACUGCUCUGUUCUCGUGGGGUUACCUCAAGUUCCUGCCAGGUGAGCAGGGAGUGGUGAUCGGCUGCCUCAACUCCGUUGUUCACGUCAUCAUGUAUUUCUACUACAUGGUAGCAGCGAUGGGGCCUAAGUACCAGAAAUACAUUUGGUGGAAAAAGUACAUGACAUGGAUACAACUGGUGCAGUUCUGCGUAAUGCUCGCGUACCUGCUCUGUCUCCUGGCCUACGACUGCAAGCUAUCCAAGGCACUGACGUUUUUCUUCAUCAGCAAUGUCGCCAUAUUCCUCUACCUCUUCUCAGACUUUUACCGGAAGGCUUACAAGAAGAAGGAAAAGAUAGGAUGAACAUAUGACGCUCGCAGGCAAAAUCAGCUCGACUUUUGAUAAACAAAACACGAGGUCAGGGGUCGGCCAGAGUUGCAUACGAGUUCGUGAAAGCCUGCAAAUAAUUUCCCAAGAUAGAGCGGUGUAAUUUUUUAUUUCUGUCAUUAACAUUCGCCAUUUUCAUGCGGGCUGAAAGGCGUCUCGUUCUGCAGACAGUUUCCUAAAAGACUAUGACACGUCCUGUAAUCUUAAGGGCUGCCACUGGCGUUUAGAGACGAACAUGCUGACUUCUACCAUGAAGAUGGAGGAGAUAUGUUCUUCUGAAACGUUAGUGACGACCUACAAGUCUACAUAACCCAGAGAGACAAACGUACGAUCCACAUUUCCACCGAAGUGGUAACUUCUGAAUUCAAACGUUACCCCUACUGUAGGGACCAAACGCAGAUCAGCGCCGUCCUCUAUUAGGCUGCUGGAACAACAAACACUCUUCCAGCCGAAGAUCCCGUUAUUCAUCAAAAUUUAUUUAAAAUAAACUGUACUAAGUAACUGCUUAUUUCUCACGUCAGCGUUCUAAUAUUUAACGGCGUGGUGCCGCAUAAUGAUCUCUUCAUGCAUUAAUGGUUGCUAAGCAACAAAACAUGUAAAAGCAUACAGAUCACUUUUACACCAUAAAUUCGGUUAUGGCCACGUAAGAAAUCAGACGCGGAAAACUAAGAUAAAUUGAAUAAGGGGUUUUGUAUGCUGAAUUACACAACGUAUAAUUUAAACACGAGGGAUGCAGAUACUUCAAUUAGGAGAACAAGCUCCACACUAUCCUAGGUCCACUGUCGUUGGUCAAAUACGAUACUGGGAGUCAAAAACAUAUUAAGCACAAGGCUGAGGGAGUCCUUACGCAAAUGAGCAACACUUACUUUACCACUGAGGCACACAAAUGCAAAUAAAAUUCCUUGCAACGGAAAAUGCCUGUGAUUUGAAUGCAAGCAGGUUCAAUUACAACCUCCACGGCAAAGACCGAACGACAUUCCACAGAAUCAUUAAAUUAUUGGCCCUACCGUGACUCGAAACGUCGGCGAAUAGAUCGAUUUGAAAGGCGAACGGUCGAUAUAUUCACGACCUGAAGACGCUCCAGCUUCCCAGGUCGUAGUGCGUCUAAAGUUCAAUACAGAAUUUUAACCUUUCCAGAAACAUCCUUAAAACUUACGAAACACAGAUUAAGAUACACACGACACUUGAACUCACUGUAAAUAACAUUUCUUCCCCCAAAAUUACAUACUUCUGAACUAAAACUGCAGCGGACUAUGGACUAAAACGUUUACGACGAGCAGUUAGCACGAUUAUCACGAAUAAGACCUCUACAUUCGUUUAUCACAAGCCGAGCCCUUGCAAGAAAAUAAGUAGACCUCUAUUUAUUCACCAAGUACCUUCCGGUUACCAAAUAAUGUGCCUAGAACGAGCAAAUGCUGUUCAGACCAGUCGUCUCAGAGCAGACGACGAGAGGAAAUACGAAUUCAGCAGUACUUCGCUAAUUGUCACAACCUCGUGAAGGAAAGACUAAAUAGAACGCCUCUUACUGUGUCUCUAGACAAUUUAGAAAUCUUUAGAACCUCUAGAAAGUUACCUGCGGCGCAGUGAAUUAUAUUAAAUGUUUUGAGCUUUGUGUACCCGCGACAGACAUGUUGAUUUUCCCCUCCAGCACCGAGCCAUCGUACAUCAAUACGCAACGUGAAGAAACUUCAUGGACCAGAAGAAGCUGACAGAACAGUCAGAUAGUCACAAAAUCCCCCUCCCCCCUCCACCAGAUUAAUUUGGGGAUCCCGAAGGUUCAUUGCCGCCACUGACUCCAAUUACCAACCAUACUCAUACAGUCCACAACUUCCCACCAUGUAUCCCAAAGAUCCAUUUUAAUAUUAUCACCAUGUCUAUGACUAUGCAUUCUUAGUGGCGUCUUCCUUUCAGGCUUCCCAAAAACGAAUUUGUUGCUUUACUCACCGAAAAGAACGCAGUGUCACAGCCGGCCUCUUCCGAACACAUUGCACCCAUGACCUUGCAUGUUGAUGUGCUAAUAAUGAACUGUAUUACCAAUAAUUUAUUUCAUCAAAUAAAAUUAUUUGUCUUUUA